AUGACCAACUGGAUGUCCACAGCUGAAAUUCAGCAAGAUGCUGCUGCAUUUAACAAAUUCAUGCAUACAUUGCUCGGACUGUACAUCUGGGAAUGGUUUACGUCCUUGGACUUCGACUGGCAGUAUCUAUCGGGGCAGAAGACCUUUCGCUGGCCGAUGCUUUUCUACUUCCUGAAUCGAUAUGCCCUGCUCUUCGCGAUGAUGGGAAUUGCGAUUGCUUUGAACGUCACGAGUGAGGUUAACUGUCAAGCUCUGUACACGUUCAAUCAGUGCGUCGGGAAUGCCGCCAUUGGUCUCGCGAGCAUCAAUCUUUCGCUACGCACCAUGGCUGUGUGGUCAAAAAAAUGGUACAUUGUCGUAGCUUUGGUUUUAGUCAUCAUGGGUCACUGGUCGCUCCUCUUGCACGGAAUCCUUUUGAAAGCGGCAUGGGUACCUGGUCAAGGCUGCAUCAUCACUCAAACAGAUAACAAAGUUCUCGCUAUCACGUUCAUUUAUUCCAUGGCUUUCGACUUUCUCGUCUUGGUAUUGACUGGGUACAAGCUUCUCAAUCCCACUGGCGGUCGAUCACGUUUGGUUGAACUCAUCUUCAACGACGGCUUGAUCUACUUUGUUAUCGCUUUCUUGGCGAAUCUUAUCGCCACGAUCUUCAUGCUCCUCAACCUCAACCCUGUUAUGUCCAUAAUCGCGAAUGUCCCUGCCGCCAUUGCGUCAACGAUUGUGGCCACGCGCGUUGUUCGCCGUCUAAGUAGAUUCACAUCCCAAGGUCCCGAGGUGUUCCCUUCGUCUACGCAAAACUCUACACUUGCCUUCCGUUCAGGCGCCUCGGGCAUGCUGAGACCAAAACUGUCGACAAAGGUAUCCACAACCAAGACUGACGGCGUUCACGUUCAGAUGGAGACAUUCGAGAGUCAGAGCCCGUCAGACAAGGCUGGGUAUCUGGAAUACGAUGCUACUGGGAAAAUUCGAGGGAACGAACUGGAUCCGGAAGCUCAAAUUAUUACGAAGGAGUUUAAGCACCCCCCGUUUUAG